GUGCAUCUGUAGGGGCCCGUGGUAUUGCAAGGGUACACCUAUGGGAGUGCCCGGCGUUGCAAGGGUGCACCUCUGGACGCGUAUAUCAUUGCAAAGGGUGCAGCUGUGGAGGUGAAUGGCAUUGCAAAGGUGUAUCUGUGGGAGUGCACAGCAUUGCAAGGGCGCACCUAUGGGUGUGCCUGGCAUUGCAUGCGUGCAAGUGUGGGGAUGCAUGGCAUUGCGGGGGUGCACCAAUGGGGGUGCUUGGGAUCGCAAGGGUGCGCCGAUAGCAGUGCCUGGCAUUGCAAGGAUGCACUCAGGGAUGCGUAUGGCAUUGCAGGGGUGCAGCUGCCGGCACUGCAGAGGGCUGAUCUCGCCCGUAGGGCUGUGCAAACCUGACUGCGGUGCAGCGAUUCCAGCUGGGAGGGCGCAUUGCAGUGCGGUGCAUUGCAGUGCGAGCAGCUACUGCUGCAGGGAGUGGAGUACACGCCCCGAGUAUGUCCCCUCGGCUCCAAACCCCAACUUUUACCCCUCCAAAUCCCACGCUUUUAUCCCCCAAAUACGUAGUUUUACAAAACACGUUUUUACCAUCAAACCUCAGGCUUUUCUCUCAAAAUCCCUCGCAAAAGCAACAUCCGCGCUGUGAUGAGACACCCCAGAGAUCUACGCAGCCCACUCGUCCUCUCCAUCAUUAAUUAGCGGUGCUUAUUAAUUGCUCGCGGGUGGUUCAGCGCCUAUUACAGCGUCGGGGCUCCCCGCUAGUUUCUUCUACCUAGCAACAAGUGACGCAAGGUAAUUGCGGAGCGCGGCCAUUGGUUGAGCCGCACGAUCGCCGCCUGUCACAGCGCUGGUGUUCCCCGUGGAUCUGUUCUGCCUAGCAACCGAUGACGCGCACGAGUGUCCUGCUGCCUUCUUCUGCCUAGCAACCGCUGACGCAUAGAGCCACCUGAUACGGCCAUUGGCUGAACUGAUUGCCGGUAGCUGAGGGAUGGGGGCUGCGAGCGGGCGCGGGGCGCUCGUGGCAGCGCUGCUGGGGGCGGCCCUGGGGAGCGUCAGAGCCGAGCCAUCGCUGCACACUCUGUCCGAGGUGCUCUUCUGCCAGCCAGACACGCCAUCACUGGGGCUGUCAGUGGCCUUCGACUCGGAGCAGCUCUUCUCAUUCGAUGUCCCCAACAUGCAGUGGCUGUCGCAGCUCCCCGAUGGCCCCGCGUGGCCCACGGGCACCGAGCAGCCCCAGGAGCUGCAGCAUGACACCAUGCUGUGCCGCAAGCUGCACGAUGAGCUCACCUGGCUCGCCACUGGGCCACGGCCAAUGCCUGAAGCCAAGGGCAUCCCGGUGGCUGAUGUCUUCCUGCAGCAGCCACUGCAACUGGGCUAUCCCAACACCCUGGUCUGUAUGGUGGGCAACAUCUUCCCCCCAGCCAUCACCAUUAGCUGGCAGCGGGACGGCAUCCCCGUCACCGAUGGCAUCACUCACCUCACGUACAUUCCCAUGGAGGACCUGGGCUUCAUGCGCUUCUCCUACCUGGCGGUGACACCUCACUCUGGUGAGAUCUACUCCUGCAUUGUCACCCGUGAGAGGGACAACAUCUCUGUGGUGGCUUACUGGGUGCCCCAGGACCCCAUCCCUUCAGACGUGUUGGCCAUGGCGGUGUGCGGCGCGGUGACGGCGCUGGGCAUCCUGCUGGCACUGCUGGGUUUGGGGCUGCUGCUCUCCGCCCGCCGGGGCAGUACGUGGGGACAAUGGGGACAGCGGGGACAUUCACCCCAUACUCAUUGAUAUCCUCCAUAUGUUGAUCCCUCGGCUUGGGAACGGUGGCAGUGAUGUAAUUAAAGCCCUUCAUUUGCA